UUAUAGCAAAUGUUAUUCCAUAAGAAUAUGGACAACUACUAUCUUUGUUAUAUACUUGGGUACAAGUAAAGAAAUGUGUUUUUUCUCAUAGAGUAUUCUUAUGGAAUAACAUUUUCUAUAAUAUUACCUUUGAAAUGUGCUAUGAAUUUGUAUCUUAUGGUUUCCCUUCUCUCGCAUAUAGUAUAGUAUCUUAAGAACACAUCUACUCAUAAUCUCUAUUAAAUUGACACAUGCACUCAUACUCUCAUAAUCUUUAUAAAUUGGCUUCUUCUUCCCCUCGUAACAUAUUAUAGACAAACACACAAUUAUUCACAACAACAACAAAAAAAAAAAAACCAAUGGCGAAGACAAACUUGCUUCUAGCUGCAACCUUACUUUUGUGCUUCAUCGUUAUUACUUCCUUUGCUCGGCCAGACCCGAAUAUUUGCUCACAUGUAUUAACUCAAUUAGAUCGAUUUACACAUCUAUCUUUUUUAUAUAACAACAUUGAACACACACGUAAGUCUUCAAAACAAUAUCCGAUCCCAAAGACUAAUGAUAAACACUGAAACUUAAACAUAACAAAGAUAUUCAUAUGCAUGUGCAUGCCGCAGAUUAGUUAGUAUAGAAUUAUACUAAUUUAUUUUAUUUAUGAGUUUUGUUGUAUAAAGGGAUUGGAAGUGAAGCGAAAAUGUGACACAGAGGAGUGUAUGCUAAAAGGGUCGAUGUUUGCUCAUGUGGAUUACAGUAAUCCCGGCGACAAACCACCAAAGAAUUGGGGAAGACCACCCCAUGCGCCCCAAAUCUUAAAUAAUUGA